AUGGAGGGUUACCAUGCUUACCUUGACGGCGGGUACCAGAUUGACGGACAAGAAAUCAGUGCAGUAUCAAACGACCAACUUCGAGCCCAUGCACAGAAGAUUAAAGAGUUGGGCAUUCAUGUGAUCACAAUUGUGGGAGUUUACUCGCCAUCGUUCAAGAAGCAAGAAGAGGAAGCCGCCGCGUUCCUGGCUGAAGAAUUGGGACCAGGGUAUGAUAUUUCCUGUUCCUAUUCCAUUGGUCAAGCUGGCUUCCUAGAACGCGAAAACGCCGCCAUCCUCAACGCCAGCAUUCGCCGCUUCUCCCGGCAGGUUGUCCGCAGCCUUGACAAGGCAACCAAGUUCCUCGUCAACGCCGGCAUGUACAUCACCCUGAACGAUGGCACGCUCGCACGCGCGUCAUACGCUGCUGCCAAUCCACUUCGAUGUUUCUCAUCCGGACCGACAAACAGUGCUAGAGGUGCAGCAUUUCUGGCCCAAGAAAUUUUAACAAGCAACAAGGACGAUGAUAGUGACGUGCUGGUCAUUGAUGUAGGGGGGACCACCACCGAUGUCUGCAGCCUCCUUCCAAACGGCUAUCCGCGACAAUCUGCUGCUCUUGUCAAGGUUGCUGGUGUCAAAACCAAUUUUUCUAUGCCCGAUGUCCACAGCAUUGCUCUUGGUGCCGGAUCUGUCAUCAGAGAUCACGACUCGCAUGCAACUGUGGGCCCUGAUUCGGUGGCUUUGGAAGAAUCAACAAAGUCGCUCCAUGCCGGCGGACCAGUUCUCACAGCCGGAGAUCUCAUACAUCUACAGCGGAAUGAGCUGCAAGAACGAGGCAUCAGCCUGCAGACCGUUGACUCUGCUACAAGCACCAUUAGGCGGAUGAUAGAGGAUGCUGUGACCGCAUCGAAAACAAAGAUCGAGGAUGCCACCGUCCUUCUUGUGGGUGGAGGCAGUUUUGUUCUUCCCGACCAGAUCGAGGGCACGAAGUCGGUCGUCCGGCCACCGUUUUAUCAGGUGGCUAAUGCGGUUGGCGCCGCGAUCGGAAAGAUCAGUAGCACUUUUGACAGCCCAAUCAUACCAGGUGAACGUCGCGUCCAGGACAUUAUCGAGGAUGGGAAAAGACAGGCCAUUGCACUUUGUGAGGGAGCCGGUGGGGACCCAUCAAAUGUUGAGAUUGUGGAGUUGGAAACGAUCCCUGAACCGUAUGCAAUGGACGGGUCUUUUCGUCUAGUGAUACGCGUUGUCUCUACCAUCAAGGAUAUCGCUGCUCUGGGUCGACAGCGCAAAGAGACUGAAGACGAAGGAUUGGACGGGGAUUUGCUUUUCAACUCUCCGGAUUCUCCGGACAAAUUACCCAACGGCGUCGAUGUCUAUCCUGACAACGUGGAACAAAGUCAAGUUGAUGCCAACACAUACCAUCCCAACAUCACGAAUGGCUGUUGGAAUGUGUCGGAAACGGAUAUUGAAUUCUUGAUCGCUGGCACUGGGGUGCUGGGAGUUGGCUGCAUUGGAGAAGCAACUAAUUACCUCCUAUCGCUGAAGGCGUGCCUUAGAGAGGGUCGAAACAUUCGCAUCAUAUCUUGCAGCUCUGUUGGGGCCAAUGAUGUAAUUUGCCCUCCCUUGUUUAUUGGGUCACCAUCAGUGUUCGUGGAGCGUUUGCCAGGCGGAGAAGAGACAAAAGAAGCAAUGUAUGCAACAUUGGAUUGUGCUGGGAUCUCCGACUUCUCUCACAUCGUUCCGACCGAAAUUGGGGGAAUCAAUGCACUCGAAGGGUUACUUUCAGCCACACUACUGGGCAAGACAAUAUUGGACGCGGAUCUCAUGGGUCGAGCAUUUCCCCACGUGUACAUGACGGUGCUGGGAGUGCAUGGGAAGACUUUGACCCCUGCAGCUCUGUCAGACGGAAAUGGCAAUAUCAUGCAAAUCAAGACUGCGAAGGAUGACUGGCACCUGGAGACUCUGGCGCGAUCUACUUGUGGAGCCAUGAAGUCCAUUGCGGGAAUGUGCUUGGCGCCAUUGGUUGGUGAGGAGAGCAAGCUCUUCGUACAGAAUAGUUACUCUAUCGCCUGGAUAAUGGGACGCAACAUGCAUCUCGCACGCCAAGCCAAGCGCAACGUGGCCGAAGCGAUUGUCACGCCAGCGAACGGCGAUGUCCUGUUCUCAGGAAAGAUCCAUUCCGUGUCGAGGAAGGUGGCUGACAGCCUCACCCAGGGGAUCUGUGUGAUUCGAUCCGAACAAUCGUCAGGGCUUGAGACCGAUGACGAUGAUGAGUAUCUUGAACUAAUUUUCACGAAUGAAUUUUCGGCUGCAGUCUUGAAGACGAGGGACGGCGAUGCUUAUAAGGAUAAGUAUCUUGCUUUGAGCCCAGACUUGAUCUGCAUGCUUGAUGCGGCCGACGGGAUGCCGAUUGGUGUGACGGAAGUCCGUUACGGCUUGCGAGUUGAUAUCAUUGCGAUGCCCGCCCCAGCUAUCUGGUAUACCGAGGAAGGCUUGAAAAGGGCUGGCCCUACUGUCUUUGGUGAAGUAGGCAGGAAGGCCACAAAACCAUGGCCGUCCAUAUUCGAUAGCUCCCUAUGA